AUGUCAACGGAACCGAAGCGAGUAUCAACGAACCUUGCCACUAUGUACGGCAGGCUCGCCACAGGUCACGAACGGAUGAAAAUUUGCUUUUGCACCGAUCUCGACAAGUCGGUACUGAUCAGUAACUUCGAAAAGCGAGGCUGGGUGCAGGUAACGGCCGAUGAUGACUGGAAUUUCUACUGGGCCGGGACUGGAACGUGUCGGAACAUCUUUAGCGUGGACAGUGGCUAUCGAAUGCACGAUAAUCAGCUGAUUAAUCACUUCCCGAACCAUUAUGAACUUUCGCGUAAGGACCUACUCGUGAAGAACAUCAAGCGGUAUCGGAAGGAUCUCGAGCGCGAUAGCAACCCGCUGGCAGAAAAAACGGAAGCAAACAUCCCGGGUGGUUCAAAGUACCUAUAUUUGGAUUUUAUACCGAUCACGUUUGUACUGCCGGCGGAUUACAACAUGUUCGUCGAAGAAUAUCGUAAAAAUCCACAGAGCACGUGGAUCAUGAAACCAUGUGGUAAAUCUCAAGGAGCUGGCAUCUUUUUGAUUAAUAAGUUGUCGAAAUUAAAACGUUGGUCGAGAGAAGCGAAAACUUCAUUCCAUCCGCAGAUUGGCAAGGAAAGCUACGUUAUUUCGAGGUACAUCGAAAAUCCCCUUCUCAUUGGAGGAAAGAAGUUUGAUCUUAGGCUCUAUGUGCUCGUUACAUCAUUUCGUCCACUAAAGGCUUACCUGUUUCGGCUGGGUUUUUGUCGGUUCUGCACAGUGAAAUACGAUACCAGUGUCACUGAACUCGACAACAUGUACGUUCAUCUGACUAACGUGAGCGUCCAGAAACAUGGUGGCGAGUACAAUAAUCAUCACGGUGGCAAAUGGAGUGUACAAAACCUGCGACUUUACCUUGAAGGAACACGUGGCAAGGAAGUAACGGACAAGCUAUUUGGGUCCAUCACUUGGUUGAUAGUACACUCGUUGAAGGCUGUGUCGAGUGUAAUGGCAAGUGAUAGGCACUGCUUCGAGUGCUACGGUUACGAUAUCAUAAUCGAUAAUACAUUGAAACCGUGGCUGGUCGAGGUGAAUGCUUCGCCGUCACUGACUUCGACCACAGCAAAUGAUCGAAUACUAAAAUAUAAGUUAAUCGACAAUAUUCUUAACAUUGUGCUACCGCCUGAUGGUGUGCCGGAUGUACGUUGGAAUAAAAUCCCUAGUCCAGAUAUGUUGGGAAAUUUUGAUUUAUUAAUUGAUGAAGAAAUUGCAGCUCAAGACGAUAAUCUACAAAAUAGUGGCAACGGUAAACAUCGAUCUAACAGUAAUCGGUGGAAAUGA